GCAGUCGAAAAUGUGGAGAAUGAAGAAACUAUUCCAACUGAACAAUCUCAAGAAUGUGCUGGAGAAACCGAGCAUACGGAAGUAACCGAGAUGCCAUGUUCACCUAAAGCCUCCUCCGUGCUUGACAUUUGUGCCUUUGCUCAAGGAGGAGCCGAACACAUGGAGAAUGAAGAACCUCUUCCAACUGGACAAUCUCAAGAAUGCACAGAAGAAGUCGAACAUACGGAAGUUAACGAGAUGACAUGUUCGCCUAAGGCCUCCUCCGUGCAUGAAAUUUGUGCUGAUGCUCAAGUUGAAGAUGCUCCGAACUACGGUGUUGGUGCGGUUGGCUCACGCGUCUUCAUAACGGUUCAGAUGAAGCUGUUGCGCAUGAUUCUAGAAGCCCUUUUCAGCCGGGAAGAACUGAUUCAUUCUUCCCUAUUUAAUCUAUUUGCUCCAAAGAAGACUCUUGCAGCUAGCAUAGCAGUUUACGUUCAGGAUCAGAUGCCAAACAGAACACGGGUGGAGGAUGCCGUUGAACAUGUGGAAAAUGAAGAAGCUCUUCCAACUGAUUCAUUAGAACAACCUCAAGAAUGCACUGGAGAAGUCGAGCAUACGGAAGUUAACGAGAUGUCAUGUUCGCCUAAGGCCUCCUCCGUGCAUGAAAUUUGUGCCUAUGCUCAGGAUGCAGUUGAACAUGUGGAGAAUGAAGAACCUCUUCCAACUGAACAAUCUCAAGAAGGUACUGGAGAAGUUGAACAUACAGAAGUUAACGAGAUGCCAACUUCACCUAAGGCCUCCUCCUUGCAUGAAAUGGGUGCUGAUGCUCAAGAUGCUGUUGAACAUGUGGAGAAUGAAGAAGCUCCUCCAACUGGACCAACUCAAGAACAUUCUGAAGAAAUCCGAAAGUCAGAAGUAAAAGAAAGUUUUUCUCUCUUAUCGCCUAUUACAAGUACUUUUGUUUCACCUCGUAAAAAUGCCGCUGUUGUUUCGGGUAGUAAUUGCUAUCUUUUUCUUGACCUUUAUCUAGAUAAAGUUGGGCUUAUUGAAGAAAAGGACAAGGACCUAAUGAAAAAACUCGAUUCAUAUCUUGAUAGUCUCGAAAGAAAACCAAGUAUUCAAAGUGGAAUAAUUGCCGAAAUCUAUAAACAUCCGGCUGCGGCUUAUCAAAAAAGUCUCCUAAAUCAAAUUUCCAAAUACGUCCAAUUCAUGGAUAUGCGACGUGAAACACCAUCGCCACCUCCAGGACAAUAUGUUGAUAGACCGGCUACACUGAAGAACUGA